AGUGGCAGAAGAGGAAAGUGCUGCUAAGACCAUGAUGUCCCUGGGUGUCGCUAAAGGAGGGCUGAUCCUGCCCACGGACGAGGAUCGCCGCAGGAUCAUCCGGCAGAUGAAGGUUCGCACCACCCUGCGGGGGGACAAGAGCUGGAUCCAGCACCACAACUCCGACUCGGAUGAGGAGAAGAGCAGCCCCCUGUCUGGACAGGCUGGUAGAGGAUCCCCAGCCCCCAAACCUGCUGCUCCCCAGCAGGACAGGUCCUCUGCCUCCAAGCCCCAGUCCGGAUACCUCAUCAGGGGGGUGUUCACCAGGACCAUCGAUAAAAGCUCGUCCACGACGGAUUCUUCACCUUCCAGCCAAGCACAGAAAAAGUACGAGUGUGUCCCCCUGUCCCCUCCUGAAAAGGAGGCAGAUGCUGCCCUCCAGCUGAGCAGCAUUCCCUGCAAUCAGCCACUUCCCUGA